UCGGAAGAGAGGGAGAAAGAAGGGGUUGUGCCCACUGUUUUCUCUGUUUAUGGCCGUAAGGCCCUUCCACUUCAUCGCUUCCGGCCAUCACAACCGCAUCCUUCUCUUCAAUCAGACGUUGUCGUCCUUCAUUUGCCCCAACCGCCCAUUGUUAGGGUUCCCGCUUUCUGUUACCCAGCAACCCCGCAAACAAACCCCGCUACAGCGGCUGUACUCGUCGCAACGCCUCCGGCCGCGGGUGUACUUUCCAGAGACCCUGGCUCAGAAGUUCGGAAAAGCUAUUCGCCGACCUGGCGCCCCAUCGAAGGCUCGGGUUUACGCGGAUGUCAAUGUUACUCGACCUAAAGAGUAUUGGGAUUACGAGUCGUUGGCCAUUCAAUGGGGGGAGCAGGAUGAUUACGAGGUAGUGAGGAAAGUUGGAAGGGGAAAGUACAGCGAGGUUUUUGAGGGAGUUCACUCUACGAAUAAUGAAAAGUGCAUAAUCAAAAUACUUAAGCCUGUCAAGAAGAAAAAGAUUAAAAGGGAGGUUAAGAUACUACAAAAUCUAUGUGGCGGACCAAAUAUUGUGAAGUUGCUUGAUGUUGUCAGAGAUCAGCAGUCAAAGACUCCAAGUCUAGUCUUUGAAUAUGUGAAAAACACAGAUUUUAAAGUGCUUUACCCGACUCUUUCUGACUUCGACAUUCGAUAUUACAUUUAUGAACUUCUCAAGGCCUUAGAUUUUUGUCAUUCUCAAGGCAUCAUGCACCGCGAUGUGAAGCCUCAUAAUGUCCUUAUUGAUCAUGAGAAGAGGAAACUUUGGCUAAUAGAUUGGGGACUCGCAGAGUUUUAUCACCCCGGGGAGGAAUUUAAUGUUCGUGUGGCUUCUAGAUAUUUUAAAGGCCCUGAACUUCUUGUUGAUCUACAAGAUUAUGAUUACUCGUUGGACAUGUGGAGCCUUGGCUGCAUGUUUGCAGGAAUGAUAUUCCGAAAAGAGCCAUUCUUUCAUGGACAAGACAAUUAUGACCAACUUGUGAAGAUUGCUAAGGUAUAUAAAAAGUAGUUCUUUUUUAUCGAUGUACAACAUUUUUAAUUUUGACAAGAUUCAACUCUCGAAUCAUGGGAUCCUAUUACAUUUUUCAUGAUUUAAAACUAAGUUUCAUCGUAUUGAGUUUCGUCCCUUAAUAACUUUUGAAACCUGAAUUUCAUGGGGGGAGGAGCAAAAGGAGUACCUAUUUUCCUUAUCUAUAAAGGACUGUUGAGCCAAUUUUGAAGGGACCUUUGAUAGAGACCUGGACUUAUGGGCUUUAUAUUUUAAUAUAAUGUAAUAGUGGGCUGGGUCAAGUAAUUAGAUAGAUUGAGGGAAGCCUCAUUGGAAAAGAAUAAAUAGAAGGAAGAGAAGAAAAGGGGAGGGCAGGCAGACUUUGGACUGGAAAUAGACUUGGGGUAGGAGACUGCUCUAGGUGUCUCAAACUGUAUUUUCCUUUUUUUUUCAUUGAUCGUUCUCUAAUAUACAUCAAAGUUACCGAUUGAAUCUGAGGGUUCUAACAUUGGUAUCUGAGCAGUCGGCCCUGGGAAGCUUCAAUCGACAUUCACGCAACAAAAAAAUGGAGCAGCGCAGGGAACAUUGACGGUCAGAACAGAAGGUGACUGCCUCUGGUUUGCGCGCAAACCUGGAGAAUAGCACCCGAAGUGUCGAAGGCCAUGUUACGAAGAUGGAAACGAUGCUGGACGAGAUGAUAAAUCAUCUGCGUAAACAGCGUUGCCGGAGAACUAGAGACCGAGCGAGGAGCCCUCCUAGAUGCUGUCGGCCAACUGAAAAUCAGGUUUCAUCGUCUGCAAUCGCGAGUGGCUUCGCUUACUUCGCAGGCAUCGUUGUGUGCACAGGUUUCUUCUCAGUCGCGUGCGCAGGUUCCGUUCAGUUUUUUGGCUUUAUCUCGAACUCCAUCUCACACUUCGAAAUUCCGAAGUUCAUCUCCCAGUUCACAGGCGCGAAUAGUUUAUCCUUGUUCGCAGAAUUCAAUGCAAAUCCUUUUUCAAGGUAAGCCAUCUUCGUCGCAAGCAAAAUACUCUUCUUCGAAGGUGGCAUCGCUAGCGGUUUAUCCCAGUUCACAGUCGCAGCGAGCAGUGUUUACCAGUUUGCAAGCAUUGUCGUUCUCAGCUUUACCAGUGUGGCAGCAUCACCUCAAACAGAUCUACCUUGUCCGCAUGACUCGUCGCAAGUCAAUUCUCACCCUGUGCAAGUUUCAUAGAAGACACUGAACUCCAUCGAUUCUCACCCUGCGCAAGCCAUAGACCACGUGGAAUCAGGAAGUGAACCGCUGGAGACUCCAUUACCGACAAUAAACAUUGAGUUUAAGCCAGCUGAACCAUCAACCAAUGAACUGGAGCACGACAAGGAUACUACUGAACCUACGGAAUGUCCACCAGAUAUUCAGAAUGAUUCGAACACGCAGGUGAUGGAAGACAAUGGAAUGCGUCCAGGUAAUGUAGAUCCAGCUCAAGUGGAGCCUCCCGUUUUGGCAAGGCAAUUGAUAAAGGAUAAUUCACAGACUAGUUCAUUCGAAGGAUCAGUUUUCACUAAUUCAGAUGCCAUGCCUGUGAGGGAAGAAAAGAGGAAGGUGAUAACUGUUGAUAGUUUUUGUGCCAGUGGGAAUUUUGCAAUUGGUGUGAAAGUGAAUUGUCCUCUGGGACCUAUGUCAGGAUUUGAAAUGGUAAAGCUUAGGAAGGAGUUUGAGGUGGGGUCUGAAUUAGGCUUAAGGUGUGCUGGGUUGCAAGUCCAAAAGGAGUGGAGUUACCAAUAAGAAAGCUACUCUUGUUGAAUCUAAACAUGGAAUCCUCAGUUCAUACACGGAUGCUACUGAUGAAUGUAAUUGGGAGUCCUUCCAGGCAGCUGUGAUUCAAAGGGUUCAACAAGAGCUGGUUGGUUGGGAAGUAUCCUUACAAUUCACUUCUAACUUCUAAGAACUCUCUGACUGAACCUUAUAAUGCACACACUAUUCUGACUGUUAAUUGUGGUGAAUCUACUAUCAUCUUUGGAAAAAACACACUGAUCAGUGAUGCUGACUGAGCAAUUACGAAGGAUUAUGCUACUGGUGAAGAGAAUGGAAACUUACAGAGGCACAGCUACUGGUUGCUUGAAGAGGAGUAGUCAAACAAUGUUCUAGUGCACUCCA